GCGCCCGCGCGCUCCCGGGGACAUUCUAACCGCCGCCGGGUCCCGCUGCCUCUCGCCCCGCUAUUAAUACCGGCGGCCCAGGAGGGGGGCGCAGCGCGCGCGGCGCAGUCAUGGGGACGCUGCUGGCCUUCGUGGUCGGCGCAGCGCUGGUGUCUUCAGCCUGGGGGGGCUGCGUGGAGGUGGACUCUGAGACCGAGGCUGUGUACGGGAUGACCUUCAGAAUUCUGUGCAUCUCCUGCAAGCGGCGCAGUGAGACCACUGCUGAGACCUUCACUGAGUGGACCUUCCGCCAGAAGGGCACUGAGGAGUUUGUCAAGAUCCUGCGCUAUGAGAACGAGGUCCUACAGCUGGAGGAGGACGAGCGCUUCGAGGGCCGCUUGGUGUGGAACGGCAGCCGGGGCACCAAGGACCUGCAGGACCUGUCCAUCUUCAUCACCAACGUCACCUACAACCACUCGGGGGACUAUGAGUGCCACGUCUACCGCCUGCUCUUCUUUGAGAACUACGAGCACAACACCAGCGUCGUCAAAAAGAUCCACCUGGAGGUGGUGGACAAAGCCAACAGAGACAUGGCGUCCAUUGUGUCCGAGAUCAUGAUGUACGUGCUCAUCGUGGUGCUGACCAUCUGGCUGGUGGCGGAGAUGGUAUACUGCUACAAGAAGAUCGCCGCUGCCACAGAGGCUGCAGCUCAGGAGAACGCCUCGGAAUACCUGGCCAUCACCUCAGAGAGCAAAGAGAACUGUACUGGCGUCCAGGUGGCCGAAUAGCCCCGGCCCUGGGCUUUGCCUCAGAGAAGAGCCAGCCCUAAUGGGGAACAUCCAGGCACAGCCUGCCCCCUCAAUGGGGGUUGGCCAUUUCUGGGCCUCCAUGCACCUCAGAAUCCUGCCAACAGAGCCGUCAGGGUGGGAGGGGGGGCAGGGGGCUUGGCUCGCACCCCCAUUCCAGCCUUCUUCCACCUGCCCCCCGUCACCCACCCACCGCCAUGCAUGAUGGGUAAAGCAAUACUACCGCUGCCCCCACCCCGCUUCUGCUGCCUGUGGGGGGGCGGUGUGGCGGGGGCAGAGGCUCCUCACCCUCCUUCUUGCUAAUUUGCACAUAUGGGCCGCUUCAGACACGCACUGCUGGGGCCCAGCCCCUCCCUGCCCCGUCCCUGCCCAGUGAGGGUUGUGCUGGGCCGGAAUAGUUUGGGGCAGGGGGUUCUGGGACCCACCCCGACCCCCAGCGACAUUACCCCUCCCGCUUCCUCCGGCUGGACCUGGGGUCCCCGUCCCUGUGAUGCACUCUUGUCCUGGCCAGACCCAACCCCACGCUCUCUCACCAGCCUUGGACUGUGGCCCUUUAGAAAGGGCCCAUUCAGCCUCGCCUCAUUUCACAGAAGUAGUUUUGUUCAUGAAAUAAAGGUUCUUGGACUUGA